AUGGCCAAGUUUUUCGCCCCUGUUGCGGCUCUGCUGCCUACCGUUCUUGCAGCGGCUCAUCCUCAUGUUCACCACAACUCCGCAAGCCACAACUCCGCAAGCCACAACUCCACCGGAUCUGGUUGUACCGUCACCAAAUUCGAAGACAUUGCGAACGCCGUCAAGACUUGCACCGAUAUCACGCUCUCUAACAUUGCUGCUCCCGCCAACAGCCCCAUUGAUCUUCAGAGUCUCCAAAAGGGCGCCAAGGUCACUUUCGACGGCACAACUACCUUUGCCACGACUGUCGACAAGAACUUCGACCCCAUCAUCAUUUCCGGAAUCGACAUCACAAUCACUGGUGCUCCCGGCCAUGUUAUCGAGGGCAAUGGCGCCGUUUACUGGGAUGGCCUGGGCUCCAACGGUGGUGGUGACAAGCCCAAUCACUUCGUUGUUGUCAAGAAGACGACCAACGCCAAAAUCACUGACCUCAACAUCAAGAACUGGCCUGUCCACUGCUUCUCUAUGACUGGCAACACAAACCUUCUCGUGUCGGGCUUGGUUCUCGACAACUCCGCUGGUGACGCUCCCAACUCCAAGAGCGGUGGCAAGGCUGCAGCCCACAACAGUGACGGAUUUGAUAUUUCUUCAAGCGAUCGCGUCACUCUCGAAAACAUCAAGGUUCGCAACCAGGAUGACUGCGUUGCCGUCACCAGCGGCAACGACAUCACCGUCAACAACCUCUACUGCGACGGCGGCCACGGCCUCAGCAUCGGCUCCAUUGGCGGCAAGAGCAACAACACCGUAAACAACGUCGUCUUCUCCAACUCCGCCGUCGUCAACAGCUCCAACGGCUGCCGCAUCAAGUCCAACUCCAACACCACCGGUUCCGUGACCAACGUCACCUACAAGAACAUUACCCUUACCGACAUCGACACCUACGGUAUCGACGUUCAGCAGGACUACCUCAACGGUGGCCCGACUGGUCAGCCCACCAACGGUGUCAAGAUCGCAGGCAUUCACUUCAUCGAUGUCCAGGGUACCACCAAGGGCAGCAAGGCUUACAACUACUACAUCCUUUGCGGUGAGGGCAGCUGCUCUGACUUCACCUUCGAGAACACCAAGAUUACCGGAGGCGCCAAGGGCGGCUCAUGCAACUUCCCCGCCAGCGGAUGCCCUUCAUAA